AACUUUAGUUUAUAACUCGGGCCCUACUUGUUGAUUGUCCUCAAAUAGUGGCGCGAUGCUUGUAAACUCGGCAAAGAGUGGUAUGCAACUUAACCCGUCCACUGGCCAGCUCAUUGGAGGCCUGAACUCGCUGGAGGACCUCGGCUCGCUGGAGUCGCGCGUGACGUUGACGGAGAGCCAGCCGACGGCAGGCCAGAAGCAGAAGCGACACCGCACGCGCUUCACGCCCGCCCAGCUGUCGGCUCUGGAGAGUCACUUUGCGCGCACCCACUACCCGGACGUGUUCCUGCGGGAGGAGAUUGCCUCGCGCACCGGGCUCACCGAGGCGCGCGUACAGACAGCUGGCCAGUCAGCAGCCGCCUAA